AUGCGUUUUGGUUCGGGUAGCUAUGACGUGCGACAGAGUGAGGGUCUACAUCCAGCUACACUCGGUCGCCAUCGCACGAUUACAUGCACUGUGUUUUUCCUUGAUGGCAGCGAGAGACAAUUUCAAAUUGACCGAUAUGCAAGAGGCCAAGAGCUUCUCGAUCGAGUCUUUACCCAUUUGGAGUUGGUCGAGCGGGAAUACUUUGGCCUCCAAUUCCUUUGCGUACUUGACACCAGGGAUACUCAACAAAAUAAAUGGCUAGAGCCACAAAAAUCUGUGCGCAAGCAGAUGCUCUGCCCACCCUAUUCACUCUUUUUUCGAGUGAAAUUUUAUGUCAGCGAUCCAGCGAAGCUAAUCGAGGAAUACACAAGAUAUCACUAUUUUCUGCAAAUUCGAAAAGAUUUACUGGAGGGGAAGCUGACAUGCGCUGAGGGAAGUCUCGCUUUGUUAGGCAGUUACAUUGUUCAAUCGGAACUUGGAGAUUAUAAUGCUGAAGAGAUGCCAUUGGGAUACUUGGAUAAUUUUCAAAUCGCUCCACAUCAAAAUCAAGAGCUCACUCGCAAAAUGGCUGAAUUACACGAGGUACACAAGGGACAAUCUCCAGCCGAAGCCGAGUACAAUUUCCUCGAUCACGCGAAACGCCUCGAAAUGUAUGGAGUCGAUCUCUAUGAGGCUCGGGAUGGAAAAGGGCUUCCAAUUUCCGUUGGAGUCAACUCGUAUGGACUACUCGUUUUCCAUGAAAGAAAAAAGAUUCAGGAGUUCCCGUGGUCAACGAUUAUGAAGAUUUCUUUUAAAAGAAAGCAAUUUUUCGUGAGUGUACGAAUGACUGAUGCAAAUGGAUUAGAAGACGAGACGUGUCUGAGUUUUAACAUCUACUCAGCGCCCGCUUGUAAACAAUUGUGGAAAGCCUGCAUUGAACAUCACACUUUCUUCAGGCUAAUUGCACCACCAGCUCCUCCGCAAAAAGGGCUUUUCAAUUUGGGGAGCCGUUUUCGAUACAGUGGAAGAACCGAAUUUCAAACGAUUGAAGAGAUGAGACAACGAGCCCGAGUCGAGAGAACUUUCCAGAGAGCAUCUUCGAAAAGCGGUGGCACAAGCAGUCGAGCGACAGUCUCGGGUGCGCCUAGCUCAGCCUCUUCAUCACAAUACACUCCCACUCACACUGUCGAUUCACCCGAUUUGAGUACUCGACUUUUCAGUCAUUCGUGGGCACGUCGGCUGUUACCAUUAGCAGGUGGUAGAUCGGCAAGUUUGUCAAAUGGUUCUUCUCGAUUCGCUCCAUCAACGCCCGUACCCCGUCCAACGGCUCUUCCCCAAGCUCCAUCAACCGAUCUCGUUCGUCGUCGCAAUCCGAGCCCCAUCUCACUUACCACUCGCAAAGUUCUGCCAUCACCAGUGCUCGGUGCUCGUCCCAAAAAUCCGCUCAUCGUAUCGGCUCAUCAAUCAAUCGACGACUCAAGGAGUUCAACCACUCUUGAGCUAGAUGGACCACUUUCCCGCUCACUUUCUAUUCACAGUGUUGAGGACAGUGAAUCUUCGGCGCCAUCAUUGCGAGCGGCUCGGCCACGAGAGACAACUUUUGGUGUGGAAAUCGAUGAUAGUGAUAUCGAGCAUUCGUGGACUCCGGCUAUGAUUGGCACUCAGGCGUGCACAUCAGCAGCACAAAUCCACCAGAGAUCCCAUAUCAAUUCUACGCCGCGAAAGACGAGCUCUCAUGCUAAUGGAUACGGAGAUUAUGGAAAUUCCAAUCACAGCUACACAAGUCAACCAAUCGGAACUCCAAGAAAUGGUUAUUCCACAAACACGACCAGUUCAACAGUGAAUCGAUAUGCGCAGCCUGUAGUGAACGGGAUUCGAGCGAGUUCUCGACCCCCUCCAUCAACCACAAAUGGCACCUCACCAAGAAGUUCUCUUGCUAGUUCUGGAUAUGGUGGCUCCAGUCCGCCAAGAACUCGACGCUCUCCGCACAGUCACAAGUCAAACUCUCCAGUGGACGAGGACUCGAUUGUGACAGUGAGGAUAAGACCCGAUGCACAGGGUCGCUUUGGGUUCAACGUAAAGGGUGGCGCUGAUCAACCAGUGGCAGUCAUUGUGUCCAAAGUGGUACCCGGCAGUUCGGCAGAUAAAUGCUAUCCACGACUCAAUGAAGGAGAUCAGCUCUUAAUGAUCAAUGGAAGAGAUGUUUCGACGAUGGCGCACGAUCAAGUUGUCGCUUACAUUCGUGCAGCUCGCAAUAUGCCGAAUGGCGGGGAAUUGGUGCUUGUAAUUCGCCCAAAUGUAUACCGUCUUGGUGAAGAAUUACCUGAGCCUGACGCUUCAUGCCUUCCGCCUGAACCAGUCAGAGUCGCUGAUACAGUGCCCCGAUCCGAUAAACUUUCACAUUCUCUACGGAUUUUAGCUGAGAGUUUGAAAAAUGGCUCAAUAAUUACUCAAUUUGAACAACUCUACCGCAGAAAGCCGAAUCUCACAAUGAAUGAUUGCCGCUUGUCAAGCAAUGUGAAUAAGAAUCGAUAUCGAGACGUUUGUCCAUACGAUGCAACUCGAGUCCCACUCCAAUCAGCUACCACUGGCGAUUAUAUCAAUGCCAGCUUUAUUAAUAUGGAAAUUCCCGCAAGUGGCAUUGUAAAUCGAUACAUCGCCUGUCAGGGUCCACUGGCACAUACAACCCCCGAUUUUUGGAUAAUGUGCUGGGAGCAGUUGUGCACAACGAUUGUCAUGUUGACGACCACUGUUGAGAGAGGGCGUGUGAAAUGUCAUCAAUAUUGGCCAAGACUCUACGAGACUCAAGAUCAUGGCCGCUUGACGGUAACUUGUCUGAAAGAUCGCGAGACACCAAAUUGCUCAUAUCGUGAAUUCACCGUUAAAGAUAAACAAAGCAAAGAAGAGCGCCGAGUGGCUCAAAUGCAAUACACGGCUUGGCCAGAUCACGGAGUGCCGGAUGAUCCAAGACAUUUCAUUCAAUUCGUCGACGAGGUGAGAAGGGCGAGAAGUGGUUGCGUUGAGCCAAUCGUUGUCCACUGUUCCGCUGGCAUCGGACGUACCGGUGUUCUCAUUCUCAUGGAAACAGCUUCGUGUCUCGUUGAGGCUAAUGAGCCGGUGUAUCCGUUGGAGAUCGUUCGAGUGAUGAGAGAUCAAAGAGCGAUGCUCAUUCAAACACCGGGUCAAUACACUUUUGUGUGCGAGUCAAUUUUGCGAGCCUACUCCGAUGGAUGUAUCAAGCCAUUGGCUGAGUAUCAAUCAAAUCCCUAUUCUGGA